CAGUCCCGGGGCUCACAGCUGCAGCCCCUUCCCCAAUCCCGGGGCUCUCAACUCCAGCCCCCUCCCCAAUCCCCGGGCUUUCAGCUACAGCUCCCUCCCCAAUCUUGGAGCUCUCAACUCCAGCCCCUUCCCCAAUCCGGGGUCAGCUCCUUUGGGCAGCUCCGGUCUGCAGCGGAAAGCUCCCGAGCUGCACAAAAGGGUGGGCGGCCUCCCCCUCCCCUAGCCCUGCCCCCGGCCCUGCCCCCGUGGCGCUCGGGCUGGGCUGAGCCGGUCCUGUCCUCGGUGUCGGGCUCCGGUGGUUCGGGCAGGCCCGGAGGGCGGUCUGGAGGCGGUGUCCGGAGAUGGAGGAGGCGCAGCGGCCCCGCUCGCACACGGUGACCACCACCGCCAGCUCCGCCACCGACCACUUCUCCACCGCCAGCGCCAGCGGCAGCUUCGCCUACGAUAAGGAAUUCCUGCGCACCCUGCCCGGGAUCCUCAUCCUGGCCGAGAUCGUUCUCGGACUGUUGGUAUGGACACUAAUAGCUGGAACAGAAUACUUCCGAGUUCCUGCAUUUGGCUGGGUGAUGUUUGUGGCUGUAUUUUACUGGGUUCUUACAGUCUUCUUCCUAAUCAUCUAUAUGACAAUGACCUACACCAGGAUUCCCCAGGUGCCAUGGACCAUGGUGGGGCUGUGCUUUAAUGGAAGUGCCUUCAUUUUAUACCUCAUUGCCGCCAUUGUAGAUGCCUCUUCGGUUACUAAAGAGCAGGACAGCCACAACUACAACAGUUGGGCAGCUUCUUCGUUCUUUGCCUUCAUGGUUACAAUCUGCUAUGCUGGAAAUGCAUAUUUCAGUUUUAUAUCUUGGAGAUCCAGGACCGUUCAGUGAAUGCCAUUUGACCAUUUCAAAACCAGUAUCAUUGUAAAAGCAGCUGUAGGUAUAAUGUAUAUUUCAAGACACUAUGUAUGACAAAUGUUUUUGUAUACUUGGUGAAAUUUUAUAAAAAUGGUUUCUUUCAAUUAAACUUUAUGUACCACACACCCUUGCCUGUAUCAUAGUUUACGAUCUUUGGAAGAUGCUGCAAAUUUCAUAAAUCUAAUUUUCAUAGUAUAAAUGUAACUGAAAUGCUUAGAAAAAUGAACUAUCAAGCCUGUAACCCUAACUUUGAUUAAAUGUUUUGAUAAUGUGAUUAAAUGCUACAAAACCACAA